AUGACAGCAGCUUUCGAAUCGCUUAUGGCUGGAAAGUCUUUAACAGAACUUUUGGCUCAAGCAUCAGGCAAGAAGCAAAAAAUUUCAUCACGAGCUACUUCCGUCACAUCGAACAGUUCAGAAGAUGACAAACUAGCCACUGAGAAAAAGAUGGACUACAUGGAGAAACGACGUCGCAAUAAUGAUUCAGCUCGGAGAUCACGCGAAGUACGUCGUCUCAGGGAACAGCAAACAAGGGAGAAAAUGGAGGAAUUAGAGAAGGAGAAUGUGUUACUUCAAAGUCAAAUUGCCCUAUUACGAUUAGAAUACAAUCAAUUGGUGUUGAUGUUAGUAGCACAACAGACAUCGAAACAAACUUCUUCACCUGUGUCAUCUUAA